GCUUAAAUGGUUCCUUUUUUCUUGAAUCGAUUGAAAUUCUCUUGAAUUAUUUUUUUCUACAUGCCAUGACCUUCUUCCACACCCAUACCUGUGUGUACUAUAUAAGGACAUAGGCUGCAAGGGAUCAUUACAAUUUAUCUUCAGCCAGUGUUGUGUAUCAGCUCAUAAUGGACUCUCUACUUGGACUUUUGUGUGUGCUGUCUACUUUGGUAGCUGCAGGUAAGUCUGUGUUUUACAAUGGCAGUUACAUUUAAACCAAAUAACUAGAUCCACACUUGGGUCCAUCUGGGAAAUUAAUGGUGAAAUUAAUUUUGAUUAGGUAAAAGGCCAUGAAGUGAAUCUAUGCUUUUACUAUGAAUACAGUGUUAGUGCAAAUGUAUAAAUACCUAUAUAUUGAUAAUGCAUAUAUUUUAGGAGUUUUGUAAAUAUAGAUAUCCUAUUUAAUAGUAUAGUUACUUUUGUACCAAAAAUACUGUGAAUACAACAAUUUGUUUUUAAACAAUAAUGGUUUUGAUCAAAAUGGUAUGAUUAAUUGUAGAUUGACUUAAUUUCUUACAUUUUAAGAAAAUCCUUUUAUAUAUCACCAAGACAGGCCCUUUAAGCACAAAGAUAUAAAUACUCCCAUUUUGGAUACUAUAUUUUAAAACCUAUUGUAAUUCUAUUAACAAUACUAUAUUGUUUUAAUACUAUAUUGUUAUCAUAUUAAUUGCAGUUAAUAGCAAAACAAAUCUCCAAGUCUAGGACCUUAUUAGGACUUUGUCACAGAAUGGAACGUGUUUGUGCCUUAACAAAUCUCCCCAGCAAAUGUUAAAGGUUGAGCAAUUAACAUGUAAAUUAAUAGAUUAUUCUGCUCUCUAGGAGAUGAUAAAACAUAAUAUCUGUAAAAACUGGCACUUAUUGCUAUCCAAUUAAAAAUUACAGCUGCCUAGAUAUGGGGAAAAAAGACAAGUAAAUUACUUGAAACUCUUAAUGCAUCCUACAAAAUGUAUUUAUUCUUUUAGUUAAAUAUGUUUAAGCCAUAUAGCUUAUCUAUAAACAUGUAUAUAGGUUUGAAUAACACAAUCCGUGAUAUUUGGCAAGCCAGGUAUAUGGGGACUUGUAGUGAUUUCUUUUUACAUUAAAUCCACUACAGCUCUCUCUAGUGAAUAAACACUAAAGGGAAACUUGUGAUAUUAGAUACACCAGCCCAUCCCUAUUUCAUUAAUGGAAAACUGAUAAUCUAUUGUUUCUCAUUUACCAACAAUGAGAUUGCAUACCUGUUAAUAAUUAGUCAGUUUGGAGGCUUAGCAGCAGCUGGUAAAAGUAGCAGGAAAGUUGGAGCCAGUUACUACCAAGUUCUUCCCGUAGAGGAAAAAAAGGAGCUGUUCUGUUAGUGACUAUUUUUUUAGUAGCAACAGCUGGAAACUUACUCUUGCUACAAAUCUCCACUCCAUUAACCCCUUAAGGACACAUGACAUGUGUGACAUGUCAUGAUUCCCUUUUAUUCCAGAAGUUUGGUUCUUAAGGGUAAAUUGAGGGGUUAGUGAUAAAGAAUGAAACAGUGUUGUUUUAAAGUAAAAGUGAACCCAAUGAGGGGAAAUAGGAUAUAUAUUUUUUUUAAUAUAUAUAUUUUUAUAUAUUUUUAGGAGAAAGAAGCAGGUAUGAUAAAUAAAAUUGCUCACAUUGCAAUGAUAUAACAUAUAGAAAUUACAGUAAAUAAUAAACUCAAAAACUUAGUAGACAAUAUGCACGGUAUGACGUAUAGGAAUGUAAAACUAGAACGUAAGCAAGUUGAAUACCUGCACACGAAUUAGAACAAGAACUAUGUACGAACCUGUGGGGGGGAAAAAAUAACCUAUGAUAAAAGUAAUACAGAGAAAAAAAACAUUAAGAAAAAAACAAUAUGAAUAAAAAAGACCUAGAUUGAAAAGAGAAUAACAUUAAAAAAAAUAAAAAUAAAAAUGAGCCUAGUAAAAUUAAAGGGGCUUCUUGCACGGGUGGAUGUAAACCUGGACCUAAAAAGUAGAGAAACAAAGUUAUUUAAAGGAAUUUAUGGCUAGGAGUGGCAAGGGGGCAGAGCGGGAGGAGGAAGGGGGAAUGGUUGAGCAGACCUGCCAUUUGUCUAAUAAAAUUACAAUAUUUGCCAACUAGAAUACUAUCAGCCAGAUUAUUAAUAACUUCAUGAACUGCAAGUACAAAAUAAUACAGUAGUUUACUACCGGUACAAAUAGUAACAUUGUUAUAGUAAAUUAAUAAUGUAGUAACUAAGAUGAAUGAAAUCCGGUAGAAUAACUUCUGAUUCUCCGUCUGUACCUUUAAACUGCAGUCUUUAAAUUAAAUGGGAUUUCUUGCAGGGGCGGAUGUAAAACUGGCCCUAAAAAGAAGAGAAACACAGUUAUUUAAAGGAAUUCAUGGCUAGGAGUGUCAAGGGGGUGAGGGGGAGGAGGAAGAGGGGAAUAGUUGAGCAGACCAGCCAUUUGUCAUUUUGAGCUAAGACACAAUAUUUGCCAACCAAAAUACUAUCAGCCAGAUUAUUAAUAAUUACAUGUAGCUGCAAGUACAAAAUAAUACAGUAGUAUACUACAGGUACAAAUAGUGACAUUGUUAUAGUAAAUUAAUAAUGUAGUAACUAAGAUGACUUCUGAUUCUCAGUCUGUACCUGCAGUCUUUAAAUUAAAUAGGGCUUCUUGCAGGGGUGAAUGUAAAACUGUCCCUUUAAACUGCAAUCUUCAGAUUAAAUGGGGCUUCUUGCAUGGGUUACUUUUAUAUUCAUCAGCUAUCCUUUCACAAUGUGACACACAGCUCUAUAACCAAUCAGACAUACUCCUUUACUCUACAACCUUACACUCCAAAUGAUCAGUGCACCUGCAUUUUACCACCUACCUCCCAAACCAAAUGCCUUUUUUAAUUUACCCUCAAAAUAUGUAUUUUGUUUUAUUAAAUGUUUUUUAGCUCUGUCACAUUUUCACAUGGUAGGGAUGUCAUUCAUGUUGGCCCAGCAUGGAUUCAGAAACUUUGCUCCUAUGCACUAUCCAACAUAAUUAAUAAAAAUCGUGGGUAGGAUAUAUGAUAUGCCUAUUGUUCUAAUCUUUCAAAAACCGCCAGAAAUUGCAGAAGUCUGUGAGAUGAUACACAAACUGGCUACUUACUUACAGAACAAUAAGGAAACAAGCAAGUGAGAUGUUCUCAAAUCCUAACAGACGUACGUCUACAAGCUGCCCCAACCUGGGCAGCAGACUUAGGCUGGUGGAACAUGCAUGGCUCCCGUCAUUCACCACUAUCAUUGGCCAAUUGUUUUAAACAUGUAUUAUUCAUUUAGUUUUAGAUCUUAUAUCAUACCAGUUUAAGAUUCAAAAACUAAUUCAUUUUAAUUAAUUACUUAAGAUAUGUUUUAUUCCCUGAAAUGCUAUUUCCGAACAUGAUUUAAUUUUGUAUUCUAGGUCAUUCUCUCAGCUGCACACAAUGUCUUGUAUUAAAUGGCACAUCUUGCACUGGGGACAACGUUACCUGCCCUUCUGGCAAUUACUUUUGUUCCUCUUCCAUCACUCAAAACAACGUAGGUGAGAUAAAUAUUAUAAUGUUUUUUUCUAGGAGACUGAUAUUUAUGCCAAAACUGUGAACACUAAUAAUUGACAUUUUGUUCCUUAAUUCCAGUUUCAGGGUACACUGCAUCAUUUACUAGAACGUGUUCACCAGCAGCACAGUGUAACCAGACUGGAAGUAUAACCUUUCUUUACGGAACUAUCUCGGUGGGGACUUCUUGCUGUGGCACUGACAACUGUACUCCAGCUACUCCAACAUGUAUGUAUCUACUGUAACUCAACAAACAAUAAUUACAAAUAUACAUGUCUUCAGAUAUAUAUAUACCUUCAAUUUAAACCAUAGUACAAGCAAUUAAAGCACUUCAGAUAAUGUUCUGGUGCAACUAUCAUGAUCUCCGAAACACUCUACUUUGGAAAGUGUACCAAAAGACCGCUGCCACCUUAAAACUAUUAUUUAUGUUAUAACAAGUUUUAAUGUAAUAAUCCUUCUAUCAAGUUUAGAAAGGAAAUAUGCAUUUUUUUAAAUUGUGUGUGUGUGUGUGUGUGUGUGUGUGUGUAUAUAUAUAUAUGAAAAAGUCAUCCCUACCAUUAGUAUAUGGCAGGAUCCUUCAGCUAUACACAUGCACCUUGGCUGAGAAAUUGUAUUGUCUCUGAAUUUCUAUGUUUCACACCCUGCACAAAAAUACAUAUAAAUGGUGUCCAAAUAAUACUAAAGUGCAUAUACUUAUAUGCUCAUCCGAAUAUUCUAUUUACCUUUAAAACAAAUAAACAGACAUAUAGGGUAAUAUGUUUGAACUAUGUGCCCUCCCAGCUCACUCCCAUAUCGAUCAACUCACAAAGAGUGUGCCACUCCAAUCACUGAGCCAUGGAGAUCAUUUGAUCCAAAGGAAAUAGGUAUCAGUCCUCCAUAUAGAUGACAGAAUCUCCAGAAGUUAGUUAGCAAAAAGCUAUAGUUCAAACCAAUUAAGGCCUGCCCAGUGGAGGGUAUAAAGUCCUCUGUUGAAUUUAAUAAUGUCCGUAACAAGUCAAAACUAGCAAUGUAAGAAAGUCGCUCUGUGAUUCUUGGAAACUACUUUGUGUUAUAUAUGUGCAUAGGAAAAAUAAUUUUUUGCUUUCAUUUUUGUUUCGGUAAUUCCAAAAUGUGUUUCAAUGACAUUCGCUCAUUAUCACUUCAGAAUUUUGAACCUCCAUCUUUCACUAUAGUUUAGUAGAUAGCUCCUCUAACUUGUAAAUACUUAUGUGGGAUUACUUUUUAACCCAUUAAGGACAAAACUUCUGGAAUAAAAGGGAAUGUCACACGUGUCAUGUGUCCAUAAGGGGUUAAGGAUACAAAACAAAGGGGCUGUUUAGUAUAUAGCUCCACUAAUGUGAUCCCUAAUGUGGGAUUGCCUAUUAAAGAAAAAUAAAUUAAGUUCCUGUUUAGAGAGCUUCCAUCAUUUGGUACCCGUAUUUAAGGAUACCAUUUUAGGGUGAUUAAGGAGAAAAUGAUGACUAUAAAACUGGAAACAAUCCAGUCUUAAAGUCAAAAAAGGACUAAAUGGGCAAAAGGAAAGGGCCUAACCCAACGAAAAUGAUAAUAAAGAGAAUCCCAAAGAUAAGGGUGUGUGGAGAGAGGAGCGAGGAUCCAUCUACCACAGCAUCCCUGACUAAGGGUAUGCCCACAUUAGAGAGUAUGGAAACCCUAGGUUUGCACAAAUGGAAAAUAGUAGGGUAAAAGUAAUCAAUAUAAGAAUAAAAAUAAAAAAUACUUUAUUGCAAGACGUAUAGAGACUAUAGAAAAAAAAAUAUAUAUAUAUUACAUAUAUAACAAGGGGUCCAGGGUAGGGGGGUGUCCCAUGGUCUAUGGGGCUAUAGUACCUAAAUGGGAGGCAGCAAGGCAGAUACAGUGAAAGAUAACGUAUAUGGCAAAGUUAUAAGCCUGAAUAGCACGUCCUAAUGGAGUGUCUUAAAUGUAACAUAUUGCACGAAUAUCUUAGGUAAACUGGAGUGUCUGCACAAAAUGUAGUCAAACUGCUAUUGUGGGAAUAACAUCCAAUAGACAGGUUGUGUUUCCCUGGAGUUUGUGGCAAGCUCCUAACGCCCGUUAAGAUAGAUAGUAGAUAGACCGGGCGGGAGGUGCUGACUACACAAGUGAGAUAAAUCUAGGAUCAAAAGUAUAAGUUAUAAGUAAAGAGGAAUAGGGAAAUUCCAGAAGGAAUCUUCUAAUAUAUAAAAAGAUACCCAGAUAUCUCAAUUAAUCUAGAUAAAAGUCAGCCACACAAUUCGAGAAUAAUAACAAGUGCUUGCAGAGGCAGACAGGGUAGCAAUAUUGGAAGUAUAUUGCUAAAUAGUAGCAGAAAUGUUAUCAAAUCUAAUAACUAGUUCAAUGUAUCCUGCAAUUGUUACUUCAAAAAGGAAAGAUGCGAUAUUGCACUAGAUCUGAGCUGAUUAAGGGUGAAACACAGCUCCAGAAAUAAACCCCUGCCUCCUAGGUAAAGGGGAGAAAAUCUCCUAGGCAAUCCCAAGCAGCAGGCACAUCACCCACAGAUACCCGACCCCUUGUAGUAUAGCUAUGUAGUAAAGGGAGAAAAAGUAAAUAAAAAACGAAACAGCCCAGAUCUAAAAGUUAGAAUAUAAAUAUCAAAGUGAACAGGAUAUAUCUAAAUAGGCUGGGCUGAUUGUUCAGAGUACACAAAAAAAGAAAAGAGAGAGAGAGAAAAGAGGUCCGCCUAGCUUCUAAAUCGAACGUAUAGAUUAGUGUGAAGAGUAAUUUUACACAUUUUAGGGUGAUGUUUACUAGAUGGCUCCCAGCAUUUGGUACCCUUAUGUGGGGCUGCCUUAUUUUUCAAUUUUUAAAAAAAAAAAAUUAAUUUGAGUUUUCUUUAAAUUGUUUAGAUUAAUGUUUCCUCAAUGUCAGUGCUUACAGAAUUAAAAUGAAGAAGACUCCCCUUUAUUGCAAAAGAGUUUCUCUCUCUGCAGAUUUCAUCCCGCUUCUGUGAAGACAUCACCACUGAUAACUUGUAUCCAACGUGAUGCUUCUCUCUCAGAAGCAUUGGGAUACAUCAACAUUGCUUCUAAUAAGGAAGUUCUGUUACAAAGGCUUCUCAGUGUGAAUUAAUCACUAUCAUUCAAACUGAUUCAGGCAGGACGCCUCCCCUGCUGUCCAGGAGUGCUUACUAAGGGGAUUUAUCUAGAAAUCAGCACUUUUUUCAAAUAAACCUGCAGGGACAUGCAGUUAACCCAUAAAAUACAAGAACAUGUUGCAGUGUAUCACUGAACUGUAUGCCUAUUCUAAAAGAGAUCACAUACUGUGAAAUGUAUCAUUACAGCCACAAAAAUAACCAUAAAAAAGAUUCAAGGGCUACUCCAACCCAUUUUUUUUAAUGUUUUUUGGCUUUAGAAUACCCCAUUGAGCAUUUGUCACUUGGUCCAUCUGAGUUUUAUUAAAUAGAAACCUGUAUAAAUAAAGCUUUAAACUUGCCUUAAAUCCAUUGCUGGGCCAAGUUCUCUCAGGUCCUUUUCCACACUUACUCUGAUCUCACCACAUGGCCUCCUUCAGGGUCCCUGGUCCAAUCUCAUGUGGGGAGGGAGGACUGCACAAGGAGAGGAAUCAGGAGAACAGUGUAAGUAAAUAGGAGGGCUACAAGGAGGGAUAGCUGACAGCAUAAUGUAAGGGGAGGGAAGGGAAGCUACAGAGAGAGGGCUGACACAGAGAGUAGACUGUAAAAGCAAAAGUGGUCAUGGUGUUUGGAGUAACUCUUUAAUCUUAGGCCAAAGUACUCAUGCAUAGUUCCUGAACUUAUGAAGUCUCCUGAAUUGGGAAACAUAAAUACAAGCAAUUUAGUAAUAUUCUCAAAUGCCCUUUUUGGUGAGGAGCACGUUUUUAAUCCGAAAAGAAAAAGUCUGAUUACUGUUUGACUCACCAUAUGCGAAUUGAAAUAGGUUCAGCUUAAUCUGUCUUUGAGGUGAAAAAAUGUGCAGAAUUAGCUUUGGUAGAGAAAAAUCAAUAACCUAGGGUAUUCGUAAUUAUGGGAUAACUGUUCAAUGUAACUUUACAUUUAAAACAACUUAUCAAUGCAUGCAUUAUUGUCAUUACUAUAAUUAAAUGAUAUUAUAAUAUACUAUUUUUUUUUUCUUGUUCUAAAUCUAAGUGAUAACUCCCAACAGUACUUCAAAUGGGUUGACAUGUCAAAACUGUUUCUCUUACUCCUCUGAUUGCUACACUGGAACUACUUUGACGUGUACGGGAGCUGAGAACAAGUGCCUUCGCCUGUCUGAGACAAUAUCUGGUAAUUGCUCAAUAAUUAGUGAAAAUCACAUUGAAGACGCUAUGCCGAAGUAUGAAUUAGUGUUCACAUGUUUCAGUGUAUUUUGUAAAUGUUCAGACACACAUAACUAAAACGUUACAAUUAAUAUAACAAGGAUAUGCUGCAUAAGGAAAGCCAAUAAUAUGUUUUAAAUGUAUUCACAUACGUGUGGCGGAACAGAUUUUGACACGUGUUCUUGGAGGGGGCUGCUUGCCCGCCUCCUACCUUCUGACUAUGGCCCUGGGAUAUAUGGCAUUUGAAAACACUAUUUGUGCCCUGUGACAAAACUGGAGAUUGUGCACAAAUAUGACUAUUGUCCAUAUUUCUUAUGAUUCCCUUUGUUUGUUGCACUGUUCCCCAUGUGUUUCAUCUGUUGGUCCGGCUGGAUAGACUACCAGACAAACUGUGGAGUUACUGGGUGGCCACCAUUUCAUGUAUCAGAGGCGCAUGGUGAGAACAAUGGAGGAAGCACAUGGUGAGAACAAUGGAUGGCGGCCAUUUUAACUCACAGACACUGUUUGGACUUUUCUACACGGUGCCAUCUCGCCGGUAUUUGGUGCACAAAGACAUUGUGCAGUAGUUUUAAACUAUACAACAGGGGACACAUUAAACAGGAAUUAUUUUUCAGAUAGCCUGUAUAUGUUCUGCGGAAUCUGCAUUAAACUGUAUCUUCCAAACUACUGAACGGAUCUGUGUGAAUUUUGGAUAUGUGGUUCACCAAGAUCCCCCGGUUCCGAGGAUAUACGGGGUUAUUGCAUGUUUUGGGGUCCCUGAGAUAUGUUUUAUAAUACUGUAUUUCUCUGCCUAUGAUAAUUAUAUUAACCAUUGUGUUCAGUAAUCAUAUCACAGGCAGAGGGGAGGAUUUUGUGUGGGAGUGUCUGUGUGUAUUGUAUGGAUUGAUUGGUUGUAUUUCAAAACCCUGUGGGCAGUACUAUGUUUGUGGAUUGUGAAUAAAAGAGGCUGUAUGUACCAGUACAGUCAGUUCUGCUUGACCUCAAAACGAAGUGUCGUCUCGUUAUUGGGGGAAUUGGAUUUUAUGCUGAUUGCCAGGAGUGUAAGCUGAUUGUAUGCUUUUCCUGUUCAGCUGCUUACAGCAUUCAAAUGCUUGAGAGCAUUUGUAUGCUUCUUUGGUUCGGUGGUUGUGGUGUCUGCUGCAGUGCUUGGAGUCCUCAGGAAGCACUAGGAGCAUCCUUCAACGGAGGUACCCAGUCGGGGUGCCAGGUGAUCUGUUACACAUACAAAAAGAUAAACCAAAUUGACCUGAUACAUUGUAAAUCACGGUGGUAAAGUAUCCCUCUCUAAGUGCAGGGAGGAAGCUGUUAGAUGUGAAUGUUGUUGGUGUUGUGCAGAACGUGUUUGUUGUAUUAAUUAUUAGUGGUGCACAUUUUCCCUAAUUUUCUGUGUACUGUCAAGAAAUCUCCAACUAAUUACAGAUUUAAAGUCAAACAGGUGAUCUAUAAACGUAACACAGAGAAUUUUGUUUCAAUUCAUCUGAUUGAUUGUAAUAUUAAAACACAAAAAUAAGUCCUGAGCUCAGACUCCCACUACUCCUGGCUGGCAGCAAGUUUCCCCAGGAUGAAUUGCGCCUGGGAGGUUUAUAGCGCCGAUCCCCCUGCUGGGGAACACUAUGGCCAGAGCGAUCACAUGGCCCAUGGGGUACUAUUUAGCCAAGGGGGGGACUGUCUGGGCUGUCAGACAGUCCCCCCAUUGGAGAGGAAGACCAAUCGCUGGCGAGGGAACGGCGGCGAUUGUGUAAGUGAGUGGGGAGAGGGAGGAAAGGGGAGGUUAAUAUUUAUUUUUGAAAAAUGUUAUUUAAAUUUUUUUCUUUAAUUUAUACUUCAGUGAGUGCCUUGACCCCUCCAGACACUCAGGACACAGACAGAGCAUCGGAAGCCUGCCUGAUGGCUUCUGAUGCUCUGUGUCACUGUCGGGCGCCAUGUGGAGCAACCUGGCAGUGAUUGCUCUGGGGGAGCAAUCACCCUGUGGCCCGGCAGUGAGGGGGUUUAUUGCAGGAUGCCUCGACAUCAAGGCAUCGCUGUAAAACCCUUAGAGAGGCUUCCUGCGUUCAAAUGUGCCGCGGACGUACAGGAUAUGUUAGCGGUCAUUAACAAAUGGUUUUUUGUCUGACGUACCCUGUACAUAUGCAGUCACUAUGGGGUUAAAAGGGAGUAAUUGUCCAGAGCUUGUGUCUUGCUAAGACUUCUCAUUGAGCUGCAUUGGGAAGCCUGUGAUUGGACAGCCACCGAAAGACUGGGCGGCGUUAGAAGGGCAGGAGAUCUGCAACUUUUAUAAGCUAUGUUUGGAUAUUCCCAAUGAUAUCCAUACAUGUUUCGUCAUGGGUAUAUCUAUUUACAUGAGUGACCACACUCCCAACUGAGACUGUAAUUCUACUUAUUAUAUCUUACAGUGCAAGAUUGUUUGUAAAUAUUUUAUUUCAUUUGCAAUAUUUAUCAUCCACAGGAAAUCUUGCCCUAACCCAAGGACUUCGUGGCUGUGCCACAACCAGCAUGUGUGAUGUUCUUGGGAAUCAAGCUCUAUCCGCAAGUGGAUAUAAUGUCAACGUCAAUGUUGUGUGCACUAAUGGAAAAGAUGGUCUUCAUCAAGGCUUUCUGUUUUCAACAUUUAUUUCCAUUGUGAUGGCUAAGUUGUUCUCGUAGAAAAACAUUAAAAUAAGCAAACAAUAAGGACAGAUUUUACAUAGAGUUUAAAAAAAUCAAUAAAGCAAAAAAUUGAUUAACUUGUUUAUUACAUCAAUGCACCAUUGUUUGAAGGAGAUGUACAGAGUUAUUCACUAAAGCGAGAAUUGAAAGUGAAUUUUAUUUUUAAUUUAAAGCCCAAAUAGUUGUACUGGAGUCAUUCUCUAAGUUAGCUAUAAUUCCGGUUCAGCUACUUUGGCCUUAAAUUUGAAAUACCCUUUCAGGGUUAUUCACUUACAUGAGAAUUCAAAUAAAUUUUUCUAGUUUGGUUAUUUCAGCCUUAAAUGUAAAAUUCACUUUGAAUUAGUGAAUAACCCUUAUAAUUCUGUUGUACUGCUAGUGAGCAAUAUUUACAUAAAAGGCAUGGGGGCAAGUAAACAUCAACUCAGCAUGCAUUAUAUAUGUUUUACAUACAAUGUUUAAAACAAAGUUUGUGUAGCUGAUGGCAUUGGGCUGUCCUCAAAAUUAUGUAUAUUCCUAUGUGUUCGGUUAAAUUGUACCAUGUGUAUGCAGCAUUCGGCUGAUUGUUCAGUAAAAUCAUUGAAGUUAUUAUGCGAGUGAAACAAUCAGACCACCCCAGGAGUAAGUGUGCCUUCAAUUACCGUUCGCAACAAUGUUGCAAAAGGGUGAUUGGCAAUUCAUGUAGUGUGUUCUUUGUCCUCUGGGUGGCCGCCAUUCGAUAGACGAACACGUGGCGGCGGCCAUUUUAAACUCCCGAACGGCGGUGAGACCUCUAUAUUGCCGCCAAUGUGUGUAAAAACUACCGAACGGCUUCCUGUUUGGUAGAAAGAACCCCACGAACAAGGGAAUUUACCUGGUUCUGUAGGAGCAAGGAUCAAUGUGUUGUUUCUUUGUUCGUUUGUUUUUUUGUUACAAUGGUAUUUGUCCUGUGAAUAAGAUUCAGACAGACUAAAGAAACAUGUUGGAUAAGAGAGAAAGAACAGCUCCUUUUUUUUUUUAAAUGAAAUAAUAUAAUGGAACUAGAUAUUAAUAGAGUUACUGUUUUCUAAUAGUAUGUGUAUAAACUAAUUGUCUUGUUUUGUAUUUGUUUUUAAUAUUCGUGAAAAACUGUUUUGAAAUAAAAAUUAUAUUAAAACAAAAACGUAAGGCUGGUGAGAUAGCUCAGUGGGCUAAUGCAUCCUGGCAGUGUGUCAUCCUUCUGAGGUAGCUAAAAAUGAGUUGAGUACCAUUAAAUUGGGUAAUAGUAACAAGUGGAUGUUGGGCUAAGGUAACAUCCCCAGGACGUACUUAAAAACCAGAGUAACAUGAAUGUACCUUUCCUGGUUAACUACUUUGUUCUUAUUAUUUGGGGGUUUGGAGUGGUACUAAAACUGCCAGCUAUUUAAAUGUGCAUAGGGAUUUGGGAUAGUGCGCAAGUAACUCAUCUUUUUUUUUAAUUGUAUGUUGGGGUUGAUAUGAUCUAAGGUCAUUGCUUCUGCCCAGGAGUAGUGGGAGUUUGAGCGAAGGACUUGUUUUUGUGUAUUUGUAUUUGUUUUUGUAUCACAUAGUUACAAUGCUGCUGCCCACCCCAUGUGCUCCCUAUUAAGGGUUAAUAAGUUUUACCUGAAGCUGAAGGAAGCAAGGUGAAUUGUCAGUGCUAGACUCACCCAGGGGGUUUGCCUUGACAUGGCAAGUGAGUUUACACUCAGGUGGUCAAUGGGGUUAUAUUAAAAAGCUCCAGUUAUUGAAAUGUGCAUAGGGAGUUAGGAUAGUGCGCAAGUAACUCUUUUUUUAUGUUUAUGUAUUGGGGCUGAUGUGUACUGUAGUCAUUGCUGCCGCCGAAGAGUAGUAGAAUUUUGAGCAUAGUACUUAUUUUUGUAUACAUGAAGCAUUAUACAAUACAGCAUGUACAUUAAUAUAAUAAUAAUAAAAUAAUAAAG